UGACCCCUUUCUUGAACUACUGAUGUUUGACUCUAUGCUUACGUUCUUAACGUUUCCGAUCUUCAAACGCUUCAAUUUCAGCUUCUUCAACCACCCCCGACCCAUCCCCCCUCCUCUGCCCCUCUCUUUCUUCUUGGCGCAUUUUCUAGAUCUCUUCUCUCUUUCGGUCGUUUUCUUCUAUUCUAUGGCUGUCGCCGCCGCCGAAGCCGGCGGCAUGAGUGAACCGCGGACUCAGCAUGUGGAUGCCGCGCCUUCGGAAUCAGUCUCUGGUACACCAUCGUCGUCUCCUUCGCCUGCAAAUGGUCUUGAUCGGAGCUAUUCUAACAAUUCUUUGCAGAACCCUCGUCAAGAUGCUGAAAUUGAGUCUGCGGAAAUAUUGAAGAGCGAAGAGUAUCGUCAGUUGUUUCGUCUCCCGCCAGAGGAAGUCCUUAUUGAAGAUUUUAACUGUGCUCUCCAGGAAAAUAUAUUGAUCCAGGGUCAUAUGUACCUGUUUGUACAUUUUAUUUGUUUUUACUCAAACAUAUUCGGGUUUGAGACAAAGAGAGUAAUCCCAUUUGAUGAAGUCACCAGUGUACGCAAGGCAAAGACAGCAGGACUCUUUCCUAAUGCCAUUGAAAUUUUUGCUGGAGACAAGAAGUACUUUUUUGCAUCCUUUCUAUCCCGUGACGAAGCAUUUAAUAUCAUUAAUGACGGGUGGUUGCGACAUCGCAAUGGUGCUAUAGCCAGCACUGAGCAGCAGGAAACAGUAUCUGAGUCUAGCAGCCAAGAGAAUGGAUUUAUAGCUAUUGAAACAGUGAAUGGUUCUGAGAUAGUAGACAAUGAAUCACGUGCUGCCAAUCUGAGCAAAGACAGUUCUAGCAAAGAUGGUGAAGCCAUGGCUGUUCCAGAGGAGCAUUCCACGGUAGCAGGUAUUGCAGAAACUGUAUCUAACAAUGCUAUUUCAGGAGCUACCUGGAAUUGGAAGGAAGAGAAUAUGGAUGCUCCAAAAACACCGGAGGUUUAUACAAAUGUUGCAGAAUCAAAGUUUCCGAUAACAGUAGAGGACUUCUUUAGGUACUUUUUAUCAGACGAUGCUGUUAAUUUUCACGAGUCGUUUCAUAAAAGAUGUGGAGAUAAAGACUUGAAGUGUACUUCAUGGCAUUCUCAAGAAGUUGGGUAUACCCGUGAAAAGUCAUUUCAACAUCCAAUAAAAAUUUAUCUUGGAGCGAAAUUUGGUGGUUGUCAUGAAGUUCAGACACUCCGAAUCUACAAGAACAGUCAUAUGGUUUUAGAGACAUCGCAAGAAGUCAGCGGCGUACCUUAUGCAGAUUAUUUCCGUGUUGAGGGACGAUGGGAUGUUGAGGGAGACAACAGUGAAUUAAAAGAGUGCUGUGUUUUGCGGGUUUAUGUGAAUGUGGCAUUCUCAAAGAACACUAUAUGGAAAGGCAAAAUAGUACAGUCAACAAUCGAAGAAUGCAGAGAAGCUUAUGCUACAUGGAUAAACAUGGCUCAUGAAUUGUUGAAGCAAAAGAACCUCGAGAAACAAGAGAGAGCUUCUACUGCUAGUGAGGCACAAACAAGUGAACGAAAUUUAGAUAGUGAACAAAAAGCUGGAGGAUCUUCAGAGAGUUCACAAGAAACAAAUAACCCUGGGGUUCAGCCAGUUGCCUCUGACAUCGUUCAUUCUAUCCGCAACAUUGACAACCAACUGCAAGGAAAUUUCAUCGACUCAAUGUCUAUUUCAUGCAUGUUAAGAGAAUGCGUGACAAAGUUCCGGUCUUGUUUAAAAAGUCAGAGCCAUCUCUCUCUGUUCCUAGUCAUCAUUUUUGCUGUCAUCUUCUUUAUGCAGCAGUUUAGCAUACUUAUACUGUUGUCCAGGCCCCAACACAUUCAUGUGAGCACUCCAACAGAUUAUAUGAACAGGAUAGAAUAUGGAGUGGGCAGAAGCCCUUCAGAUAUAGCUUGGUUAGAGAAAAGGAUUCACUUCCUCAAAGAUGAGAUGUAUAUGGUUGAGACUAGACUGGAGAGAAUGAGGUACGAGCAUGCACUCUUGAAAAAACAACUCAGAGAUCUAGAGUUAAAUAAAUAGAUUCACAGUCACCCGCCGCCGCCAGACUUUGAUUCAUGUACUUGUGGCAAUUCCUUCCUUGUAAAUGAGAAAAAAUGUAAUACGUGGACAUGAGAGAGAAAAGUGAAAAAAGAAAAAAGCAAAAAAAAAAAAAAUCCUGCAGAAGACUGGCUGGAUUUUCACUCGGCUUAUUGUUGUCUGUACUUGGUAGAGAAGCUUCUGACUUAGCGGCCUAAAAGUAAAAGAGACAAAGGAACCCUGCAAUGUGUAAUAUUUUUAAGUCCACUGGACAGUCCACAGGUUUACAUUUUCGGUCUGAUUACAAGCUUGAACUCUUGCAUGGUGGCUUGUUUCUUGUAAAUCCGCGCCGAAUUGGAUAUUUCUUGGGGUUA